CGAGACUGUUUGCAAAGCAUCCCCAGAUUAUUUUCCCGCCAGGCUGCCAUUGAAGCUCAACCACUUCCUCCCAAAGCUCGCCAACUUCCUCCGAACCCUCCAUUUUCCGCUCGCCGAAAGACACCUACCACCUUACUCGCGCAUUUGGGCCAAACGCCCCCCUUCCGCCCAACAUGAUGCACCCGUCGCGACAAGCCUACGUCGAGGAGGCGAUGGACGAAGAUCGAGGCAUUGCGCUGGAGGACAUUCCCACAGACCACGAUUAUGAGAUUCCCUCGGCCUUCUCCGGCGCCGCGCCUGAAAAGGCGUCCGCCGUCCUGGCGCAGAUGGAAAGGAAGAAGUUGGCUGCUAGCAUCGCGGUACCUACGGACGACAACAGAGUGCGGGCGAAGCUCCGGGAGAUGGGCGAACCGAUCACAUUGUUUGGAGAAGGCAAGCCCGAACGCAGAGAUCGUCUCCGGAACCUUCUCGCCAUUCAACAUGAGAUGACCGGCCUCGAAAAUGGCGACGUAGAAAUGGAAGACGCAGACGAGGACGCGGACGAGCAGGAUGAGGAAUUUUACACACCGGGUGGCCAGGCACUGCUCCAAGCGCGCAUCGAUAUCGCGAAGUAUUCUCUCCCCAGAGCGAAACGGCGGGUCCAGUUUCAGAAGGCUGAAGCCUCGAUUCCUCUGCGUACACACGUCAAGUUCCGGAAACAAAUCAAGGACAAGCUGCAAGGUUUCGAGCUUCAGGGCAGCCAAACAGCCGGCGAUAGACAUAUCAGCAUGACGAGACUGUCACCGAACGGAGAGAUGGUUGCGGUGGGCAACUGGGGAGGAGGCCUCAAGCUCAUCGAGGUUCCCAGUCUGGAGGCAAAGAUGAACCUCCGAGGACACACCCAGAAGAUCAGUGGUAUCUCAUGGUACCCUGGCUCUACACUGCCGGAAAGCAACGUAUCUCCAGAUGCGGUGAACCUUGCUUCGGGAGGAGCCGAGGGCUCGGUACACCUGUGGUCCUUGAAUCAAGAUACUCCCCUUUCGACGCUUACUGGUCACGGCGGCAGAGUGUCACGCGUUGAGUUCCAUCCUUCUGGCCGCUACGUUGCGUCGGCUUCGGAUGAUACGACAUGGAGACUCUGGGAUGUUGAGACGACUGCAGAGCUUCUCCUCCAGGAAGGCCACUCCAGAGGCGUGUACUCUGUCAGCUUCAACGCCGACGGCUCCUUGUUGGCAAGCGCUGGUCUUGACAGCAUCGGCCGUGUUUGGGAUCUGCGCUCAGGAAGAACGGUUAUGAUCCUAGACGAACACAUACAACCCAUCUACGCGCUCGACUGGGGCUCUGAAGGACACAGGGUACUGUCGGGAUCGGCAGACGGUUGGAUUAAAUGCUGGGAUAUUCGGAAGGUGCAGAGGACAGCAAACCUCGGAGCACACGCCAAAGCUGUCUCUGACAUACGAUGGUUCAGGGGGUUGGACGACCCCAUCGAUGGGACCCCUCCCGUGACCGAUGAGAAGGGCGCACAACAACCCAAGAAGGCCGGUACAUUUUUUGUGUCUGGAGGCUUUGACGCCAAGAUCAAGAUCUUCUCAGCCGACACCUGGGGCUUGAUACAGACGCUGAGCGGACAUUCUGGUCCUGUCGCAAGCGUGGACGUGAGCAGAGAUGGAAAGUGGAUCGUGAGUGGUGGACACGACCGGACGGUGAAGCUUUGGGGCCGCAAUGACGGCGAGGGUCUCUAGAGAGAUGGUCUGCAUCGUUUGGUUGGAGAGAAGAGAGAGCCAUGUCCUAUAGAUUACUAAGAUACCCCCCAAGAAAUCAACAAAUUAUCAGGAGCUUCUUGAGCGCUCUCAGUAUAGUUACCUACUUGCCUAGGUACUUUCCUACGAGGUACCUGACGCAAUUCGAUCCGUGCGCACGGACCUACUACGUAGGUACGGAUAGAUAGCUACAGAAACCGGGGUCUUAAUUGAUCACGUGGUACUGGCGAUAAGAUAACGGGUUCAAACUGGGCCGAAAAUCCACCUCAGCUAAACCAAGGAAG